CACAGCACUAAAAACUCCACGUCAAUUGCUUCAGAAUGGCCGAGCCCACCUUCUAUAUCGACGAAGAUGUCGGCGAAGAUACCCCCUCCCAGCAAGGCACCGAGUCCUCCCCAUACAAAACCCUCGGCUUCGCUGUCCUGACCCACGGCGACUCGCCCAAAUUCCUCGCCCGAAAAUCCACCUCGGGGGACGUCCCCGAAGGCUCCGAUGCUGCUACUAGGUUAGAAUGGAAGCCCGCGGCCAAGGCUGCUCUUAAGAAAGCCAAGAACUAUGCCGCUCAAUACCAGAAGAAAGCAGCCCGAGAACAAGAGCUGCUCGUGCAGAGGUCGAAAGAGGAUGCAGACCGGAAGAAGGUGCUUGAUGAAGCAAAAAAGAUUGUGAUUGAGGAAGAUAAGAGCCUGCCAAAGGCAAUCCGAAUCAAGCUGGACAACACGGACCCAGAGACGAUCAAGCUGGGCGAUGGCAAGGAUGUCAAGGGUACAAGAGUGAGGAUAUUCGGACGAGUACACCGAGAGAGGCGGCAGAAGGAGAACAUGUUCAUAACGCUGCGCGAUGGCUAUGGCUUUAUGCAAGUCAUCCUCACGGGACAAUUGGCCAAGACCUACGAUGCCUUGACCUUGACCCGCGAGUCGAGCAUGGAGAUCCUGGGAGAGCUGCGCGCGGUCCCAGAAGGAGCACAUGCGCCCAACGGCCGUGAACUUCAUGCCGAUUACUAUAAGAUCGUCGGAAAGGCCGCUGGCGGCGACGAUGCUAUCACUAACAGAGUCUCCAAAGACACGGAUCACGCAACACUUCUCGAUCUGCGACAUCUUACCCUCAGAGGAGAGACCGCUUCGAAGGUCAUGAUCGUCCGCGAUGCCGUCGAAUUUGCAUUCAACUCUGUAUACAAGGAGCUGCGAAUGCGCAAAGUCAGCCCUCCGGCCCUGGUCCAGACCCAGGUCGAAGGUGGAGCGACGCUCUUUGGGUUGCCCUACUACAACGAGACGGCAUACCUUACCCAGUCCUCGCAACUGUACCUAGAGACAUGUCUACCGUCCAUGGGAGAUGUCUUCUGUAUCGAGAAGUCCUUCCGCGCAGAGAAAUCCCUAACGCGCCGCCAUCUCGCUGAGUACGCCCACGUUGAAGCGGAACUCGACUUCAUCACCUUUGACGACCUCCUGGAGCACCUCGAGCAUGUCAUGUGCCGAGUUCUCGAGGUCACCCUCUCAGAUCCGACCACUAAGCAAUACAUCCUCGACCUCCACCCAGAGUUCAAGAUGCCUGAGCGGCCUUUCUUGCGCAUGAGAUACAGCGAGGCAAUCGAUUGGCUAGUGGAACACAACAUCGAUAUCGAAGAGGAAGGCGAAGCGCCGCGACCACACAAGUUCGGCGACGACAUCGCCGAAGCGGCUGAGCGCAAGAUGACCGAUAUCAUCAACCGCCCCAUCUUCCUCACCCACUUCCCCGCUGAGAUCAAAGCUUUCUACAUGCCUAAAGACAAAGAUGACCCGCGUGUCACGGAGAGUGUCGAUUGUCUCAUGCCCGGCGUUGGUGAGAUCGUGGGUGGUUCUAUGAGGAUGUGGGACUACGACGAGCUUAUGGCGGCGUUCGACCGAGAGAAGAUAGAUCCGGCGGCGUACUACUGGUACACGGAUCAGAGGAAGUACGGCACCUCUCCCCACGGCGGCUAUGGUCUCGGCCUAGAGCGUUUCUUGGCUUGGCUAUGCAAGCAGCACACCGUCAGGGACUGUUGCUUGUACCCUCGCUACUUCGGUCGCUGCAAGCCUUAAUGAAACAUUGUGUUGCUUCCAAUACUUUCACGGUGACUGCGAUAUACGCUAUGUCCGGCCAUUAAGAGGUUUUACUACGGUUUAAGGUUUUGUAUUUCCGUUUGACAACAAAUCCGGUCUGGAACGAAGCGAAUGGAACAGAUAGAUUUCAUGCCUUAGUAGACGGCCAGGUGUCUAUUUUGAAGAUACGGAAAAGACUUCAUAUACCCCAUUUUCCACAGAUACCGAGAGCCACGAAAUAUGUGAACUGGCUGUCUUUUUGACUGCUCCGCACAGGGCAUAACAGCCCAGAAACCAAAAGAAAGAUGCU